AUGUCUCGAUCAGGAAUUCUCAAAAGGCGCUUCUUCGACUACAAAGGACGUUUGGCCAAGGGCCAGGCGCUGCCAAUCGCGACUAUUCCUCAGAGCUUUUGGGAAUUCGGUGAGAGGUAUUUAUUCUCUGGCGAUUAUUGGGGAAAGCAAUGUCAAAUUAUCGGAGUGUUGGAGUGCCUGACGGUGGGAAGAGGGGGUAUUCAUGCGAACCUUAUUCUGGAAGGAACCGACAACCAGGACAUGUUGAAGUGGGCAGAGGGUUUGAUACAGACAGGUUAUCCUCCAGAGAUGAUCGCCGUUCACCUUUGUCCCGCAAACUGUCCCAAAGCUCCGGUUUCAACAGGAGGUCUGCAUGGUCAGUGUGUCAGCCGCGAAGACAAGGGAGUAGCCUGGUACGGGAACGUCGCGUCGAACCACCGAGAGAGCAACCAAGGAGAGAUAGCAAAGGAGUUAUCGAAUCUUUCCAAAGGGCGAGGCGUUUUGGGCGGGAUAGACCCUCCAGGAGCGCUUGCCCCGACCCAGGAGAAUUCAGGAGAGGACGAUGUGAAUCGAAAGACGGGGGGAACAACCUUCAAAGGAACGCCACUGGACAAGGGGACAACGGUACGCUGGUGGUUGAAGACUCGGGGGAAGAAGAAGAAGAAGAGCAAGAAAUCCCACAAGAAAUCUCGGAAGAGGAGCACCUCGAGCAGCCACAGCAGCAGCAACAGCAGUUCAGAAGGAUCGAUAAAUUCCCAAGACUCGAGUCACCCAUUUCGAGAAGGCCCUCGGAUCAAGCAGCUAGCAAGACGAGUACCAGGAGUUCUGACGAGGCAUGCUGUCGAAGAGGUGGAGCGCCUGCUGGCGCAAGGAGUUGGAGACAAUCAGACCGUAGGCUUGGUGCCAGUCAUGUUGAGGUAUCUGAGGCUACAUGUUUUGAGGAGGGACGUGGCUCCAGGACCGAAGAGAGAACUGUUGACGUUGGCUUAUUCCAUAGACCGCCUGUUGCAGAGGGAUAUUCUGGGAGCACUGGAUAUCAUCAUGCAGAGAGUGAAGUCUCUGGAGUUGGUCGUCGGGGGGUCCAGUUGGGCAGUGGCACAAAAUUUGGAGUUGGUACCCCUCGAACAAGAGCAGAUUGCGAGUAUAGCAGAAGCCCACGCCGCGGCAAAGGAAUUCAAGCAAGACGCCAGAGUCCAGAGAGAGCUUGGGAAAGGCAAAGGGAAAUGGACCGAGGAUUGGAAGGGAGGCUACAAAGGAAAGAAGGGGGAUGGCAAGGACGGCAAGGGAGGCAAGAAGGGAUGUGGUUUUGCUGAUGUGGUUUCAAACUUCUGCGAGACUAGCCCUACAGACACGGCAGAGGGGAGAUUCAAGAAAGAGUGCAGUAUAUUCCCCUUGCCCCUACCCAGCAACAAUGAUCUGGAACAGAUGAGAGCAGAGGCAGAUCAUAAAGGAGUUUGGCUUUUUAUGUUGGUGUGCAGCUUGAAUUACCUCAACGGUGGUAUUCAUGUUCAGUUGUCCAGUGGUCCGCCUACAAUGGUGCAGUCAAGAAUCUUGGACUACCUUCGCGAGCGUGUCGAAGUCUUUUUAGGGCAUGAGUUCAGCAUCAACCGCUUUGAUUGGAGUCAUUUUUUGCAAACUCGGUCGGUGAGCUACUCGGGUGAAGAGGUCCGUACAGCGAAGUGGACUUCGUGGGGUAAUGUCAAACCUGCCUUGCCUUAUGGCGCCAUCGGGAGUGUGAGAGCAACUGACUUUGCUGAGGGAGUCGUGCUAAAUCUUCUGCGUGACCCGAGCCCCCAUUUGUUUGGUGGAUGGAAAGAUAUGGAUGUCAAGAGCUCGAGAGUUAUGGUAAAGGAUGAUGAUUGGGCGGAUUUGGCGCGGGGCCUCAUUGAAUACGGAGUGUGCUGUAUCAUACCUAGUUCCGCAGUGGCGACUUGCAAUGGUCAAAGACUUCACAAUGGCUUAUUCGGCGUUGAGAAGAAUGAGGAUGUUGGUGGGGUAUCCGUACACAGAUUGAUCAUGAGCCUGAUCCCGUUCAACAGUAUCAGCCACCCGGUGGCGGGUUCAGUAUGUACACUUCCAUUGCUCCAUCAAAUGUCUGCGCUGCAACUUCAUGCCGAUGAGGAGUUGAUCGUUUCGUCUGAGGACAUACGCUGCAUGUUCUAUAUUUUCAGCCUUCCGGAGACUUGGUUCCCUUUCCUCACGUUUGGCAAACCAGUGCCCAGUGACCUUGUCCCGCCUCAUUGCGAUGAGGAGUGUUUCUUAGCGGCUCGUGUGCUCCCCAUGGGUUAUCUCAACUCCGUGGGGAUUGCACAACACCUACAUCGGAACAUCAUUCGGAACGUGGUCGGUUCUCCUCAGAGCUUCCCCGGAAGCCCUUCCACAGAGAUGAGCCCUUUGGUGGCUGCAUAUGCUGAUAUUGGCAUUCCGCUAAACCAGAAGAAAUCGGAGGCGGCGGUGCUCGCAGAAAGAGGUUCAAGUGGUUGGUGGUGGUUUGGUCUACUUCUGUAUGGUCCGCUCAUGUCCAGUCUCAACUCCAUUUGGCGCUUUAUCCAAUCCUUUGAAGAGGGAGGGCCUCGGGUUCGUGAUAUUCCGCCAUCGGUGUUGUCCGAGCUGUUGAUGUUUCUUGGAUUGUUGCCCUUAGCACACAUGGAUCUUCGAGCACCUUUGUCAGGGCUGGUGACGGCCAGCGAUGCGUCACUUCUUGGAGGUGGUGUGUGCUGUUCUGACAAAGUGACUAGUCUCGGGGAGAAGGUGGCUCAGAGCAGUUUUAGAGGCCAAGGUCCCGAAGUGCCAGAAAAGGGAGUCGUUUGCAUUGGACUCUUUGACGGCGCCGGUGGCUUGAGAGUGGCACUCGAGGCUCUUGGCGCCAAUGUGACUUUGCACAUUUCGGUUGAAUGCAGUGAGGCGGCAAAGCGUGUUGUCGAGUCCAACUUUUCAGACGUUGUUCACGUCAAUGGAGUGGCAGAAGUGAGUUUGGAGAUGUGCCAAGAUUGGUCGCGCAAAUGCCCCUCUUGUUCACUCUUGAUUGUGGGAGUUGGUCUUGCUUGCCCACGUGGGAAUCACGCCAACGUUGAUGAAGUUGAAACAACAGCGGAUCCCAGAAGUGGCCUUCACAACUAUGUGCAACCCAUUGUGAAGAUGCUUGAACAAGCGUUUGACUGGUGCGAAGUAAAGUUUAUCCAAGAGUGUGUUGCAAGCAUUGAUCGUGAAGUGAAGGUUUCGUACACCAGAGCUGCCGAUGUCAUUCCUUAUGAGCUGUGUUCCAGUCAGCUGUCGCCUACUCGCCGUUGCCGCUUGUACUGGUUUGAUUGGACACUGGAGUCUGCUGAAGGAGUCAAGCUUUACCCUCCAACUUCCGGAGAUGCCGGCGGUCAUGGCAAAGUUGAUUUUGAGGUUGCCACCUCAUUCAAAGGCUGCUUUGAGAAAGGAUGGGACAAGCAUCCUGACAGCAAGUGCUUGUCUGCGUUCACCACUUCGCAGCCUAGCGCCUCUCCACGGUCUCGCCCUGCAGGGCUUCACAAGUGUGAUGACGCCACGCGUGCAAGGUGGCGGGCCGACCGGCACAGGUUCCCACCUUACCAAUACAAGGAGACCAAUCUGCUGUGGAAAAGCAGCAAAUGUCGUGUCCCCAGUGUUUCCGAGCGCGAGCGUUGCCUCGGGUACCCCGUGGGAUACACGCUCCACGCGGUAGACAAAACCACAAGCAAGUCUGCCCCUCUUUAUUCCGAGGAUGUGCAAAUGACACUCCUCGGCAGCGCAUGGUCAAUCCCUGUCGUCGGUUUCCUCUUGCUUCAGCUCCUUCACCCCCGCAAGUUGUGCAUCGUACAGACCCUCACGGAGCUGCUACAGGGCCUUUUCGCGGAUGAGCCUGUCUUGGGUUCCACUCUGCUCACCUGGCAUAGCCUCAGCCCUGAAGCCACUUCUGAUGACCCGGAUUUGGCGGCUCUUCUCAAUUCGAAGCUGCUCACUCUGUUGAGCACCAAAGGCGCAGAUGUUAUGAUUCAGGCUUCACAUGGAUCGAGAGAUUUUCAGAGGUUUCGUACCUCAGUGCCAGCCAAUUUAUGGUCCUGGCGUACUGUUUGCGGUUUUCCGUGGGCAUCAAGUGAAGGUGACCACAUAAACCGGCUGGAACUUCGCGCUGUGUACACAGCUUUGCGAUGGCGUGUCCUUCGUCGCAAAAACAUUCGAUGCCGUGUGCUGCACCUGACUGAUUCUAUGGUGUGUUUGCACGUGCUGAAUCGCGGGCGCUCCAGCUCCCGAAAGAUUCAAUCUCUCAUGUUCCGUGUUUCGUCCCUUUUACUCGCUGCUGGCCUUCAGACCUACGUUGCCUACGUCUCGAGUGCGACUAACCCGGCUGACCGGCACGAUAGGCAAGUUCAGCGGCGACACCUUGGCUCUUUACGGACGAACACAGUAGCACCACGCACGCGUGUUCGUUAUGACACGGCGUUGCAGUCUUUUUACCAGUAUUGUCAGUCUCACAAAGUACGCAUCCCUGACGAGGGUUCCCAACUUGAUGAUGUAGUGGCUGACUACAUCGAAUUCCUAUGGGAGGAAGGUGAAGGCUUGUCCAGAGCCACGGACACGAUCUCGGGAUUACAGGACCUCAAACCUCGCCUGCGCGGGCAGUUGUCGCUGUCUUGGCGACUCGUUAAAGCUUGGCAAAGAAAAGAGAUCCCGUUGAGGGCUCCUCCUUUCCCGGAGAAUGUGCUGCAUGCAUUGUACGGCUACUUCUUCUUUUCUGGAGAGCCACUCAUGGCGCUUGCUCUUGAAGUCGCUUUUUACGGAGUUCUCCGAACUGGUGAACUUCUUUCACUUUCUUCGCAUCAAGUCGAGGUAGCUCCCAACGAUGCGUGUGCAGUUCUGAACUUGGGGCUCACCAAAACCUCCCAGCGCACGGGAACUCAGGAUAGUGUCACCAUUCGCGUUUUGCAUGUUUGUCAACGGCUUCGCCAAUGGAAACAGUCGGUGCCAUUUAAGACACCUCUAGUCACUGUUUCGGAUUACCUUUUUCGUAAAUCGUUUGACCGGGGGCUUCAUGCUCUGGGCCUUUCCUCCGGCGGAUUCCGGCCUUAUAGCCUCCGCCGGGGUGGUGCGACUAUGUACUUUACCAAAAACCCAUCUAUGGAUUGGUUGCGCUUGAUGGGCCGCUGGUCAUCAGACCGCACGGUCAGAGUGUACGUCAAUGAUGGUCUAGCCCGUUUAGCAGAAAUGCAAUAUGAUGUCUCAAAGCCUCCGUUGCGGGCUUUCUUUUCUACUUAUCUCGCUCAGUUUUCGCGUCGCGUUGCAACUACUCGGGGUCGUGGAGGGUAG